UUGGUUGAAGCGAAUGCUCAAAAAUUGGACAUGGAAAUGGUGGAUCGAAUUGGAUGGGCGGCCAUUAAUCAUAUCAAUCAAUUUGAAAAUUUAUUGUUGGACAGUGAAAGAACUAGAAGAGGAAAACGAAUGAUAAUGGAAUAUGAGCGAACUUUGACGGAUCUUGAUGAAGAAAAGAAACAACAGGAAAAAUUGAAAAAGGUUAGUUUAUUUUCUUUGGGAGUUAGGAAAAAUUAAAAAAUGUCUUUGAACUUUUUAAUUCAAAUGAUAUCUAGAAAUUUUGAAUUAUCUGAACAAUAUUGAUUUUCGAAACAUUUCGAAAUGUUUCGAAAAUCACUUUUUGGGAGAUGUGAGUCUUGAUUUGACUUUUGAACGCAUUUCAGUGUUCAGAAAUGUCAUUUCAAGCUCUUUCAAUGCAUUUAAAAUACAAAUCAAGCCUCAAAAUUGAAUAGAUGAUUUUCGAAAAGUUUCGAAACAUUUCGAAAAUCAAAAAUUUGCUUUUGAAGUCUUGAUUUGUUUUUUAGACCCACUGAAAGAGCUUGGGAUGUCAUUUCUAAACACUAAAAUACGGGUUAGUGUCCAGAAAUUCUAUUUGGUCAUUUUCGAAACAUUUCGAAAAUGACCACGUGUUUUAGUGUUUAGCAUCACGGCAUCUUAUCCUUAUUAUUUCUCUACGUUUUUUCAGAAAAUAUUGGGAAAAUGGUGCUGA